AUGCACCAGAAAUUUAAAACAGCCGCAGUUGUGUUAGUUGUGGCAGUCGCAACGUGUAACAGAGCUGUCGAAGCAGGCGAUGUAGCAAGCGGCGACAACCGGCACACGUUUGAGGCCCUUUGCGCGAUCUUCCGGGCAGCCGAGGCGACAGUAGAGGUGCCGGCAACAUCUGUUGACCCACAAAAAUUGUACCAAUACAUUCAGAAGUUAAACAUGAGCGUUGCAACCAAAACUUGGCAGGACAUGUUUGUUUCCAAACCGGACCCGCUAGAAUUGCACACAGACCCAACAAAGGCAUCCGUCAAAGGACGGGGUUUCGAAGGCAGCUGGCAAGACUGGAUGGCCGCAAUAACAGCUGUGAAAGACAAACAGCCCGACGAAGAGUUAAGAAACAGCGGCUUCCUUAAGCUAAACGACGACGACAAGUCGGAAGUGAGGGCCGUAAUGGCAGACGUAACACGACAAGCGGAAGCCCUAAUAAGCCACUUCCGCGCCCAAACCAAACCAGAAAGCGAACCGACAGCAACCAGCAUCGAGGCAACACUGAAGGAAGCGGCAUACGGCGACAGCUCGACAACAGCAACGUCAGUAACACUCGCUCAAAUGUUCGGGACGACACCAGCAGGAAGCGCCGCGCGGGAAGCCACAUGCAAGGCAGGUAACGGCGGCGCCAACCCAAAAUCCAUAUCGGCGGUCAUAACAUGCAUCUGCUACGACAAUAACGCCGGGCUAGCGGACCCCUGCAUAGUAACCAAGACGGCCGGGACACCAUGGAACGCAGGUGCAUCUCAGCAACCGGAGCCAACACAAGCUAAGGACAUAAUACAGCUUUGCGGCAAACAAGAUACUUUCAUAGCAACGGCCGCAAGUGUUGAAAAAUUAAUUCACGGGGUUACUAACGGCAUAACAACGGUCAGCACAGCAGGAUAUAUCGGGACAUUCAAAAACACCAACUGCAACGGCGCAGCGACCAACGGAGUUUGCGUCGAAAUACCAAAUUACGCAGCAGGACAAGCGGCAGCACUCAAACAGAUGAACUGGUACAUUAAGCUAACACAAACACUAGAACAAUUAAAAACAACAGAGGCUCGACAACAACAGGCACAGCACGUAGCAAUACAACUAGAAGCACUAAAACACCAAGCCAAGUACCUCGCCACCAGACCAAAAAUGCCGUUGGCGGCGUCGAAACCACACGCAAGCGGAGCAGCAUCAAAAGAAACCAAAGAAGACGCCACGGAUUGCCACAAGCAUGACAAUAAAAAUGCCACUUGCCCAAAAGACAGAUGCACGUACGAUGAAAAAGAAAAGAAGUGCAAUCCAAUCAAAACGGUAGAGGGAUCAGAAACACCAGCAACAGGAGAUGGAACUGCAGGAGGAGCGGCAGCAACAGAGAAAUGCAAAGGGAAACUAGAACCCGAAUGCACUAAGGCUCCUGAAUGCAAAUGGGAGAAUAAUGCUUGCAAAGAUUCCUCCAUUCUAGUCAACAAAAAAUUCGCCCUCAGCGUGGUUUCUGCUGCAUUUGUGGCCUUGCUUUUUUAA